UUGGAAGAUGGGGAAGAAGAGCCGAGUGAAAACUCAGAAGUCGGGUACAGGAGCCACAGCAACAGUAUCUCCAAAGGAAAUGUUGAAUCUAAUUAGUGAGUUAUUGCAAAAAUGCAGCAGUCCUCCCCCAGGUCCUGGAAAGGAAUGGGAAGAAUAUGUACAGAUCCGUUCGCUUGUUGAGAAAAUUCGCAAAAAGCAAAAAGGUUUGUCUAUUGUCUUUGAUGGAAAAAGAGAUGACUACUUCCCUCAAUUGAUAAAGUGGGCAACUGAAAAUGGAGCAUCCACAGAGGGUUUUGAAAUAGCUAACUUUGAAGAAGAGGGAUUUGGUUUGAAAGCAACAAGAGAGAUAAAGGCUGAAGAGUUGUUUCUGUGGGUUCCUAGAAAACUGUUGAUGACGGUUGAGUCAGCUAAAAAUUCAGUCUUAGGAUCUCUGUAUUCUCAAGAUCGAAUUCUUCAAGCCAUGGGCAAUAUAACGUUGGCAUUCCAUCUCCUUUGUGAGAGAGCCAACCCCAACUCUUUCUGGCUGCCCUACAUUCAGACACUCCCCAGUGAAUAUGAUACUCCUCUCUACUUUGAAGAAGAUGAAGUACAGCAUCUUCAAUCUACUCAGGCCAUACAUGAUGUUUUUAGCCAAUAUAAAAAUACAGCUCGGCAGUAUGCCUAUUUCUACAAAGUUAUUCAGACCCAUCCUAAUGCCAGCAAACUGCCCUUAAAGGAUUCUUUCACUUAUGACGACUACAGAUGGGCAGUUUCCUCUGUUAUGACACGGCAGAACCAGAUUCCAACAGAAGAUGGUUCCAGAGUUACACUUGCUCUGAUACCUUUGUGGGACAUGUGUAAUCAUACUAAUGGACUGGUAUGUUCUCUUCCCAAGUGACCCUAAAAUCCCAAUAUCUGAAAGAAAGACAAGCCUGAAUAGUCUCCUGACAUGGACCUUUGUUUUUGAUGGGCUGAAAAUGGUUCACAAUACUGGACAGAUUUGUUCUGAGAACAGAAAGCAGACAUUGAUGGAAGUUGCCUCUUGUAGCUACCACUAGGGAAAGUGGUUAGAGAUUUGCAACUAAGAAAUACGGCCUGCUCUCCUAACCAUGCCAAAAGAGUCUUGUUAUGGAGAAGGCAACAAGAAGAACAAAGCCUGGUUCAACAAAAACAGUACAUCUGUUAGUACAUCAAAGAAACAAAAUGCAAAAAUACUACUUUAGGGCAUAUUAAACAUUUAAAAGGUGACAUAUGUAUAUAGAAAGUCAGACCUGCUGACAUUUUGGCUCUACGUGCGCCAGUUCAGAAAAUGAGUUCCUGGUUUCAUUAACAGGCCAGUUAAUGCUGAAGUGAGGAAACCCAGAAGAGGGUGGCUUAUCAAUGUUAUUUAGUCAUGCUCAUAUACAGUUCAAAAUUCAUACCCUCUAUUUGUGUUUUCAGUAGAUAGUAUUAUUUAUUGUAAGCACUGAAUAUGACCAUACUGUUCAAGUAAUCUGGUUCUUUUGUGGGAGAGUUGACGCGAGCAUUAGGACAGCAGCAUGUGUUAGUGUUGUUGGUAUAAGUAAAGUCUGUUUUAAAUAAAUAAAUUGUAAAACAACUUGUUUUUCACUUGACAUUUAGCUAAUUUAGUGUUACUAUGACUGUACCAAUUACAGCACGGUAGGCUAGGCUACGAAGUUGCAAGUGUUUGGGGUUUAUUAUUUAUUUAUUUUUCCUUACUGCAAGGUGAUUAGAUGUUGUUCAUUAACAGUGAUUCUUGCCUUUGCCUAUUUGUUAUGCAGUCUCACAGCUUUGAUUUAGAAAUAAAGUUCAUAUGAGAGUCUCCAGUAUAAAGAAAAUUGCUUAAAAUUUAGAAAUGUGGGUUUUUAUAAUACAAGUUGUAGCUGCAAGCAUCAAUACUUCUUGUACCCUUUUCCUGCUGGGCAUCUCUUUCAGAUGCUUUUGCAGAGACUUGUCUGUAUUAAUUAGACAACUGUUAAUGAAUGCCUUCAAAGUUGGGAUUAGAGGAAAGAGGAAGAGAAUUAAGGUUCUGAGAGGGAAAAAAUUAAGUAACAUAUAUUAAAAGAGCAGCUAUUUAUGUUGUUUUGCUCAUUCAAACUUCUAUUUAAAUUGAUAAAGUAAUUUUUAUUUUUAUUAUGCUCUUUAACAAUGGGUUUGAUAUAAAGCCAGGCUCUGGAGCCAAACUUGCUAAUACAGUAGUAGAUCAGGACUGGAAGCAUUUUUUUAUGCUGAAAUGUAUCCUAAAGGACAGAGGGGGUUGUGCUGAACUUAAAUGUUUUGUACGUAUGUAAAGACUUCAGUCAUUUAUUUCAUAGUUCUACAGAAAAUAAGUGGAUAUACAUUUAGGAAGGAUAGAAAACUGUAAUAUUACUAAUGGGUUAAGAAAAGCUACUAAACAAUUUUUGUUGUGUGCUAGUUCCAUGUACUAUUAGAAAUGGGAGGGGGGAAACUGCUAAGAUAACUGUAAGCUGUCUGUAUUGUAGUUUAUAUUAUUGUAGAGUGAGAUGAAGGUGAACUGAGCUCUAAUCAUAGCACAACCCUUUAAAAUACAUGAAGGAAAACGUUAUUCAUUGCAGGAAAGUAAGAAAAGAUGGCACUGAAUGCACCCCUGUCUACUUUAUUCCAAAUGUAGAACUGAAAUACUUCUUGAGUCAAUCAGUUACUGUAUGUCCCUGUUCUCGCUUUAUUCCAAAAGGCCUCUUUCCAUGAGCUAGAUAAUAAAAUGCUCUAUGGAUCUUAACUGGAGCUAGGUCCAUCCAGCUUUUUGUUGCUUCUGACACUAUUAAUUAGAUCAACCUGCCUCUAAGAACUAUUUCAAAAUGGUUGUCUUCCUGCAUUUCUCAUUGUUAUUCUUUAGUGGGAUUGUAUUUUGACAGUCAGAGGUUGAUUACCAGUUCUGACAGAGCUUUGAAUAAGCUACAUUCUGCCUGUUGGGCUGGGUCCAUCCUUAAUCACUGACCGAGCAGACUAUUGCAUGCUUUAUACACAACUUGAAAUUCAUGUAUCAGUCUGCUUCAGAAAUAAACUGAAGGGAUGCAAUUUGUCAGCUAUCAUGUGGGAAGAGAAGUAAACACCCUGUUAAUUCUCUUAUGUGACUGCUAUUAAAAGAAAGAGGAAAUAAGAAUCUAGCACUCCAUUAUGCUUUGUAGAAAAAUCUUUCAGAAGUGCUGCUGGGUUUUGUGCAUUGUUACUUUUUCGGUUUUUUUUAAAGGCAAAAAUAAAUUUAAAAAAAAAAUCAGUACUCUAGUGAAGCAUGCUUAAACUGACAGAAUGCUCCUCUUAAAAUACUGGAAUUUCUCCAAUCUGUGAAAGUCUCCUGUUCCACCAGCAUUUCGAGGGACUGGAAUGGACUUUUCACAUUCAGAAAUAUUUCAUUGAGUUUACGCACUAAGAAAAUUUCAGGAUAGGUCAAGAGUUCCUUUUUUUGAAUGAAAGAUGUUCAAGUACUACAGCUUCUGUUUCUCAGUGGACUGUAUUGCAUGGCUCUCAUGGUCUCUUCUGAUCUCAGCAUAUCACAAACCCAUUGGUGGACCUGCAGUGGUGGCACCCACACACAGGUGUCUGCAGGGCUGGGCUGCCUGUGCUUGGGGCUGCCAUUUGGGAUUUGCUCCAUCAGAGGCAAGUUCCCCAGGCUCACUUUGAAAGCGCUGUUUUGGCUGACAAAUGCACCUUUGAUGAUGCAAGCAGUGUGAAACUAUUAACGCGUAAACCAUCAACCAGGCUUCAAUAUAAUCUGUGGAGUUCUGUCUUUGGACAAGCUGCAUCCAAGAUGGGAAUCAGGGUAUACUGCAGCUCACAUCAGCCAGCUUACAAAAAAAGUAUGUUUUCAUUUUCAAAGGCUGAGAGAGAAUCUUUGGCUUCUUCCCGGUUUUUCCCCAGGCCCAGAGCAUAUUUUUCCAUAAGUUAGCUCUGUCAGUGCUGAAUUCAGACUACCCACAAUAAAAGUUGCUCUCUGAUUUUUCAGCAGCUUGUGUUCCAUCCUGUGGCUGCAUCUUUGGCAAUAAUAUUCAAAAACAUGUUGUUUGUCACUUUAUAAAAAUAUUACAUUUUUAGGAUAGCUUUAGUUGUUAAUGUGACCCCUUUACAGUUUAGUAAUUGUUUUUGGAAAAAUGCAGGUUUGCUAAGAGAGUUUAUCCUCUUCCGUUGCCUGCUACCAUCACAAAAAUCCUUUUAGCAUUUUAAGAGUAUUACUUAACUUUUAGAUAAAGGGAUUAUUUUCAAGUAAAUUAUAAUUCUCUGAAGAUUGUGUCCCCUAAAGAUCCAUAGUUUUCUAAUCCUUUUUCAUUGAGAGAUCAAAAAUGUGUUGGCAGUUGAAGGAUAAAGCACAGCAUAUAGAGCUGUCAGUGCCUUGCUCCCUUGGGCCUAAUGGGAAUGACUGAAAACUCCAGAACUUUAUAACAAGCUGCUGGCUUUAGCAUGGCACUUUUUCUGUGGCCCAUGGAGACUACUUCCCUCAGAGCCUUCUGCUCACUUCAGGUAGGUUAUUUCCUUUAAUGCAAAGAUUGCUCAGGAGCUGUAAAGCCAACACUACCAGCUAUAUUCUGUCAUGCAGAGAAAGAAAUGUAUGCAAUUUCUAUUGUUAAUAUCUAUUUCCAAUACGAAAUUUUGUCAAUGGUGGGAGAGAGAAAUAUAAAAUGCUAAAAGUGCUU